CGCCGGGACUGUCCAGGAAGGCGCCGCGAGGCAGGAGCCCGCAGCCAGAGCAGCCCCGGAGCAGAAGCAGCCGCCGCCGCAGUCCGCGGAGCCCAGCCAACCGGCCAAGGCGUUGUCGAUGCCGCUGAACGGGUUGAAGGAGGACGACAAAGAGCCCAUCAUCGAGCUCUUCGUCAAGGCUGGCAGUGAUGGUGAAAGCAUAGGAAACUGCCCCUUUUCCCAGAGGCUCUUCAUGAUUCUUUGGCUCAAAGGAGUUGUGUUUAGUGUCACAACUGUUGACCUGAAAAGGAAGCCUGCAGACCUGCAGAACUUGGCUCCGGGGACCCACCCACCGUUUAUAACUUUCAACAAUGAGGUCAAAACGGAUGUAAAUAAGAUUGAAGAAUUUCUUGAAGAAGUCUUAUGCCCCCUCAAGUACUUAAAGCUAUCACCAAAACACCCAGAAUCAAAUACUGCUGGAAUGGACAUCUUUGCCAAAUUCUCUGCAUAUAUCAAGAAUUCAAGACCAGAGACUAAUGAAGCAUUGGAGAGGGGUCUCUUGAACACACUGCAGAAACUGGAUGAAUAUCUGAAUUCUCCCCUCCCUGAUGAAAUUGAUGAGAAUAGUAUGGAGGACAUUAAGUUUUCCACACGUAAAUUUCUGGAUGGCAAUGAAAUGACACUAGCUGAUUGCAACCUGCUGCCCAAACUGCACAUUGUCAAGGUGGUGGCCAAAAAAUAUCACAACUUUGAUAUUCCAAAAGGAAUGACCGGCAUCUGGAGAUACUUAACUAACGCGUAUAAUAGGGAUGAGUUCACCAAUACCUGCCCCAGUGAUAAGGAGGUUGAAAUAGCAUAUAGUGAUGUAGCCAAAAGACUUACCAAAUAAAAUAGCACUUACGAGAGAGAUGUCUUCACAUCUUCCCCUGACUAAGAACAUACUUUUCCUAACAGACUGCUCCUCUUCCUAUAAAGUAGAGACUUUAUUUUGCACAAACAUGCAGUUAUUCCAGAUUAGGAUAAAGGAUUGGCAAGGUAUAGUAGCUAUCUUUAAAUAUAUACUCCUAAGCAGUAUUAUUUUAAAAUUCUUUUCCCCUGCCUACCUCCCCUACCCCGUAUCCUCCUCUCCUCUAAUUUGGAGACACUCCAUCACAAACUUUUCACUUUAAAGGUAGUUUGCCAUCUCUCUAGAGCCCUCACCACUGUGCCCAUUCACCAUGUACAGAUGGCAGAACUUCUGAGAUGCACUGUUUAACUGUUAAAAUAGUAACC